AUGCCAGAGAUCAGGGCUGCGCUGAUGCCUGCUUUAUGGGCACAGGUCUUCGAUUUCCUCUUGCUGCAGAUGCCGCCCGACAUGUCUAAGCAAGUUGGGGGAAUCUCUGUCUUCGAUGGCUAUGCUAGACCUGAUAAGUCUCGGAUCAGCGAUCAGCUGACUGCCGCUUCCAUUCCGUGCUACUCCUUGGAUUCGGAGAAUCAUUGCAAAUUCGACCUCUUGUCCGAGGAAGGCGUGUUGCACUUUCUCCGGAUGCUCGCUCGUAUGGUGCCUGGAAGCUUGCUGUGGCUGGCGCCAUCCUGUGCGUCCUGGACAGGAUUCAUCUCUCGAGCCUCGCACGGGAGAAGCAAAGAAUGGAUGCAGGGCAAGUGCACUGCGUGGACACUCCAUGGAGAUGCAUGUGCAAGCUUCUGUGCGCGUGCAAUUUUGGCCGCAGCCUCCAGAGGCAUGUACUUCGUCAUGGAGAACCCUGCGGGUAGCUUCAUCUUCGACCAGGAAGAGAUCAAGAAUGCCUUGGCAUCCGUCGGUGCUGUGCGGGUUCAUGUUCAUUUGUCCGGGUAUGGGGGCUACUCCUCCAAACCCCUGUGGUUGUAUGGCAAUGCUCCGUGGCUUUGGCGAUUGAGUUUGGAUUCACAGCGACGAAAUCGCCUGCUUCGCAAAAGGGCUUUGCCAUUGCCAGAGAACCAGGGAAGACUUUCUCACCACUACGAGGACGGUGCCGUCAGAGGAGAUGCUGCGAAGCUCUGCGAGAGUCAAGCGUAUCCGUUGCAAUUCAGUGCCACAGUGGCCGAUUUGCACAGGGCACAUGUAAAUAGCAGCUGA